UGAAAUUCCUAUCGGGAUUAGAAGUUAAAAAGUUUCUAAUGUAGGCCCUAAAAGAAUCAGCCUGUAUAAUAAAAAUAUAAAAUAGAGAUUAAAAAUUAGAGUUUUAAUAGACUAGGGAAAUUUACAUAUUCAAGGUUGAAAGCACCACUGUAACAAAUACAUAAAUAACAAUAAACAUAAAAAUAAAUACAAAUUCAAAACAAGUCACGAAAACCCUAAUUCAAGUGAUAAAGAAACGUGAUAUAUGUAGGUAGAUAAGACUAUGCGUAUAAUAAAUUUACAGGGUGCUAAAAAAAGAUUGUAAAAUAUUUCAGGAAAUAACAGUAUGAACCAAAAUAAACAAAAAAAUCUUAAUAAACAUUUUGCAAUCUGUUCAAACAAAAAAGAAAAGCUUCUAGUGAAAAUUAUAAAAAAUUUCACAUUCGAUAUCUCUGAAAGGGUUACUUUUCAGAUCCGUAUUUAUAAGACUUUUUUGUUUAUUUUAGCCCAUGCUAUUACCUCCUUAAAUACUUUACAAUCUUUUUUUAACACCCUGUAUAGUGACAAUAAUUUUAUUACUUAUUAAUGCCGAAAAGUAAGUAACUAAAGUUACCAACAGUAACAAUUUAAAAAUAGGUAGGAUAAGAUAAUAAAGCAUUUUAGUUGUUUCUCUUCAAAAUUCGAAACAUUACACAUUAGACACAUAAAAAAACAACAAAUUUGUGUUUGUUUAGCCUCUGAUUGAUUGAUUGUUUGGGUGUUUCAUAGAGAAAUUAUAAUUUCUACUAGAAUAAAAAUGGAAGCUAAAGACCUACCAAGCAAGGAGAAAAGAAUUCACCCGGAGGAAAAAUCCAACUUUUUAUCAAAUCUUCUCUUCUGUUGGCAAAUUGGUAUAAUACUUAAAGGACGCAAAAAAGAACUCACAGAAGACGACCUCUAUGAACCACUGAAAAGUCAACAAUCUCACAAGUUGAGCGAAAAAUUAGAAAAACACUGGAAUGAGGAGAAAACACGCAAAAAACCGUCCUUGGCUAAAGCUUUAAUGAAGACUUUCGGAGUGGAGUUUCUCAUCUAUGGUGUUUUACUCUUCCUUUUUGAUAUGGCCUUAACGUUAUUACAACCAAUUCUGCUAAAAAAACUUCUAAAUUAUUUUGACUCAAACCGGGAAAACGUCCCCCAAACCCAGGCAUAUUGCUAUGUCCUUGUUCUAAUACUAGCUUCACUGGCAUACCUGACAUCUUUCCAUUUUACCUAUUUGGGGUUAUACAGUCUUGGUUUAAAAGUCCGAGUCGCUUGUAGUUCCCUAGUCUACAAGAAAAUUCUAACUUUGCGAAAAGAGAGUCUCCAGGAUUUGACCUCGGGCCAAAUUAUCAAUUUAUUAUCAAAUGAUAUACACCGGAUUGAUUUAGUACUACCAACUUUGCACUGUUUAUGGAGUGCCCCUUUGAAAAUACUCUUGGCUACAAUCUACUUAAAUAUCAGUUUUGGGUACAACGCCACGUUUGGUAUUUUGGGAAUCCUAGUUUUUGUUAUUGCCCAAUUACUCAUUACCAGAAAGCUCUCACAAGUCAAGCAAAAAUUGGCGCCGCAAACCGACCAAAGGAUUCGACUUUUCAAUGAUAUCAUUCGAGGGAUUCAAAUUAUCAAAAUGUGUACUUGGGAGGAGUCCUUCUCCAAGUAUAUCACCGACGUCCGAAAAUCAGAAACCGACAAGCUUACCACCGCCAAUCACCUCCGGUUUCUUUGCGCUGUUUUUAAAGUCUACGUAUCAAAAAUCUCAGUUUUCCUCUGCAUUCUUGCAAGUAUCGUUAAUAACAUGCCCUUGACUCCUCAAAACGUUUAUGCCCUGAUGACAAUCUACGAAAAUUUGAAGACCACAGCCACGACUCGACUCCCUUUCGCCUUGAUUAGAACCACAGAAAGCAAAGUUACGAUUGAACGAAUCCAAAACGUGCUACUUGUUGAUUGUCACAAUCCCGGUCCUCGGGGCAUAAUCCACGGCCUCAAUAUCAAAUUCCUCAAACCGAAAAUGCCCACAAUUUGCAUCCGUAAUGCCUGGUUCCAGCUCAACGGUGCGACUCUCCUCCACAAUAUCACAUUUAAUGCCUCUCCCGGUGAUUUGAUUGGAGUGAUUGGGAGUGCCGGAAGCGGCAAAACUACUCUCCUACACGCCAUUUUAUCGGAAGUUAGUCCAGUCAAAGGCAUAAUUGAAGUUGAGGGCACAAUUUCUUAUGCCUCACAAGAACCGUGGAUUUUUUCCGCAAGUGUGAGGCAAAAUAUUCUAUUCCGUGAGGAGUUUAACGCAGGGAAGUACUCGCAAGUUGUCAAAGUUUGCGCAUUGGAGUAUGAUUUGACACAACUCCCAUUUGGGGAUAAUACUCUGGUUGGGGAAAGAGGAACGAUGUUGAGUGGGGGCCAAAAAGCGAGGAUUAAUUUAGCCCGGGCUGUGUACAAAAACGCUGAUAUUUAUCUCCUUGAUGAUCCCUUGUCCGCUGUUGAUACGCAUGUGGCAAGGCAUAUUUUUGACGAGUGUAUCGUGAGAUAUUUGGGAGGGAAAUGUGUAGUUUUGGUGACACAUCAGGUGCAAUAUUUGAAAAAUACAACAAGGAUUUAUAAGUUAGACAAAGGCCGAAUUGAUAAAACUGGGAGUUUUGAUAUCGGCCUUGAAGAUAAGUCAAGUGGGGAUAAAAAUGAUACGAAAAGUGUGAUUUUGGGGGAGUUUCAAGUCCCCACAGCUGUCAAAGAAGAAAGAGGAACCGGAAGUGCGACUAAAGUGUAUCGUGACUAUUUCCUCAACGCCACUGGUGUCACUAUAACUUUAGCAGUGUUCCUCCUAUUCGCACUCAAUACCCUCAUUGGAUAUUUGAUUGAUAUUUUUAUAACGUUUUGGAUUAACUCAAAAAUUGAUAUUGAUACAAAUGACAAGUUAUAUAUUUAUGGAUUUUUAGUACUACUUCUUGUUUUUGGGACUCAUGUAGCGACUUGGUUUUUCGUCAAAUACACAGUCAGCAUAUCAAAAUUCCUCCACGAUGUGUUCUAUCAAGGUGUUAUCAACAGUCCUAUCAAAUUUUUUAAUGAUAACUCCUCGGGACGUAUCCUCAAUCGUUACUCGACUGAUUUAGGUUCGGCCGAAGAAGUCAUCCCUUUGUUCCUCCUGGAACUGCUAAUAAAAAUAUUCUUGGUCAUUGGAAUAUCUAUAAUCAUCUCGAUACUCAAUUUCUGGAUGGUUAUACCAUCGAUAUUUUUGUAUAUUUUGCUUUUUACAUAUAUAUAUUUGCAUCAACCGGCAAACAAAAAUAUGAGACGAACUGAAGGAAUCGUAACAAGUCCUGUAAUAAGUCACAUGGCGUCAACCUUGCAAGGCCUAACCACCAUCCAUGCUUUAAAAGCCCAUAAAGUCUUACUACAAGAGUUCAAUAGUAAACUGGACGUCCAAACUUCGGCAUGUUACACGAGCAAGGCCAUAUAUUGUACUCUGGCGUUUUGGGCCGACUUGACCUGUACCAUAUACACAGGAGUGGCAAUUUUUAGUUUCUUUCUCUUCACAGGGAAUUAUAUGGGAGUCAUCGGUUUGGCCUUCACCACGUCCAUAAUGUUCGGCGAGACAAUCCAAAUGGUUAUGAAGGACUGCAGCGAAAUUGACUCUACCAUGACUUCUAUUGAACGUGUUAUGGACUACUCGAGACUUCCCCCCGAACCGGACGAAGGGACUCUCAUACCGGACAACUCCUGGCCUGAUAAAGGCAAUAUUGUCUUCGACUGCGUUUCAAUGCAAUACUCAACCAACUUCUUGGCUUUAAACCAAACUUGUUUCAGUAUUAAAUCUGGUGAAAAAAUCGGGAUUGUGGGUAGAACAGGUGCUGGGAAGUCGUCAUUAAUCUCAGCACUAUUCCGUUUGUUUCAUUUCGAAGGGACCAUCACCAUCGAUGGCAUUGACACCAAAAAGGUGCCUUUGCACAUCUUGAGGUCCAAAAUCUCGAUCAUUCCCCAAGAACCGGUCAUUUUUAUCGGAAGUCUUCGCAAAAACUUGGACCCUUUUGCUGAGUUCUCAGAUGCUGAGCUCUGGAAUGCUUUAGAAGAAGUCGAAUUGAAGAAACACUUCCUUGAAACUGGUCUUGAUAGUCCUGUUUCUGAAGGUGGUUCAAAUUUCAGCGUUGGUGAAAGGCAACUCUUGUGUCUUGUUAGAACAAUACUCAGGAAGGCCAAAAUUAUCGUUCUGGAUGAAGCCACUUCUAAUGUUGACUCGAAAACGGACGAGAUGAUCCAGUCCACUAUUCGAAGGAAAUUUGAAGGGUGUACAGUACUAACAAUAGCACAUCGGCUCAAAAGUGUUCUCGACUCGGACAAGAUUCUGGUAAUGGAGGCAGGAUCAGUGGUGGAGUUUGGACGUCCCGAGGACCUACUUAGGGAUACAGAAGGAUAUUUUAACAAACUUGUACAAAAAAGUAACAUUAAAAAUAUAUAAAAAAUAUCCAUCUAUUUGUCCUUGAUUUAAGAAAAUUUGUACACAUACAAGAACAAAAU